AUGCCACCAAAACCGAAAAAGUCUCAGAAAAAAAAAGUUACAGUAGAGGACGUUUCACCUACUGUUGCUGGUACAUCUGGUACGGCCGAAAAAGGCAAAGGUGUCGAAAGAUUUAGAAAUGCACCUCCCCUAAGAACGGAGCUAUCUAGUGGCUCCUCAUCAGCCACUCCCAAAAUCUGGGUUAAGUACGCUGACAGCAGACCAUCGAAAGUUGUUUUUGACGGAAGAGAUGUGGAUGAUUUGAUAAGAGCGAUCAAGAAGGAACUAUCGAAUCAGUUAGGUGAUGUGGAUGUUAACCAGAUUACUUUAAGAAGACACGGUGAAGAAAAGGACUUAGAUCCUGGGCUUGUUGUGGAUCAGAGCUUCGAGAAUAACUCAAGCACACCUCUACAAGUCACUGUAGAGGCAUCAAUUGGUACUCUUACAAAAACAGAAAAAGGUAAAUUUGUGCAAAAAAGAGGUGUUGAAAUUCCGUUUCCGCUUGAUUUGACCAGGAGUCUCAAAGCAAAGUCACCUGGAAAGUUUUCACAACCGCCUAAUAUGGACAAGGACGCAAAUCCAAAAGAAGAAAACGUACAAGAUUACUUUAUGUGUGAAUGUAAGGCACUAGAAAAUUAUGCAAGCAUACAAAACAAACUUAUUGUCAGAGGCACACAUUUUUCACCAUUGCUGGAUACUCGAAAACCAGAUUUUGUAUUCAUUCCGAGCGAUUCUCCUUUGGAUUCGUUAAAUGUUGUAGCCGUCGGUGAGAUCAAGAAGCGAGUUAGUGAAAGCUUUAGCAAUGCAGAUAUAGGACAUGCAUUAUCAUUUGGUGAAAAAAUACUCCAACUUCAGCCGCGACGGAAUUAUGUGUAUGUAGUGUUGACAGAUUGUAUCAUCAUCAAUAUAUAUAGGGUGAGCAGAAAUGAAAGCUUCUCAGAAAAAUAUACUCAGUUCACUUAUGACUACAUAAAAAGUGAAUACUUAACAUACAAAAAGCAAGCGAGUCCUUCGAAAGGGUGGAGAUACCUGGUAACAAUACUUGAAAGCUCCCCAGAAAGAUUGGGAUGGGUUGAACCAUCAUUGAGAUUUGGCCAAGAAACUGUAAAACUGGUUCGGUCUAUUGGUGUAGGCAGAACUAGUGUUGUGUAUGAAGGAAUAUAUAAAGACAUAUCUGUGGCCGUGAAAAUGAUGAAAAAGGCAAAUUAUUUGCCCUGCGUUGAAAGAGAAAGAGCAGUGUUGGAAGAACUUUCGGAGUUGAGUUCACCUCAUAUCCCAAAAAUUCUUUUUUACGAUGAGAAUACUCUUGUCAUGACUCCUCUUGGCGAGAAAGUUAAUAAUUUGCGAAAAAAAGAUAUCAAUAAUAUAAUCACCACUCUCAAACAGGUUCAUUCAUAUGAAUAUGUACAUAGGGACCUUCAGAAAUAUAAUUUUCUUCGUAAUUUAGAUGAUUCAAAGGAAAAUAUUUUAAUUAUUGACUGGGGUUAUAGUACAAAUAAUCGCGAAGACACCGCAUUUGCAGGAGCACUUGAAUGCAUGCCAGAUGAAGUCCUGAAAUCACUAACUAAUGAGGAAAAUAUUGUUUAUGGGCCAAAAGUUGACUUGAUAUGUUUUGUGCGAUCAUUCUAUCUGAUGCUACACAAACCAUCAAUGGAAAGAGUUGCCUUUGACAGAGAUGAUGACAUCAAGAAACGAGCACAAAUGAUAUUAAAUUUUUGGAAAGAUUGUAGUAAGUCAGACGUGUGGGAUAGUAUUUAUCGAGCAAUAGAGGGCCUGGAUUACGAUAAAUUAAUUCAAGAACUCGAAAGAUUCUUUUGA